GCAACUCUGUGGAAGGUGUGUUCCACGACGCGCUAUACAACUCCAUGGAAGGUAUGUUCCACGACGCGCUAUUUUCCAUGGAACGCAUAGACCAUCGUUAUGCCUCGAUCACACUGACAGUUUCAUUGCAGUUUAGUACGCCAGAAGGACAUUUAUUUAUAAUGGAUCGCUGCGUUUGACUUGCAGCGUUGAAGCAGUGCGUUCUGUGUGGUGCACAUGUUGGACUUAUCGAAUGUAUGCGUCAAACUGUAUGUGUAGACGGCUUGACAGAAAUGGUAGCAGAAGUUGAAUGUUGAGAUGAUGCCGCGUUCCAUUUUGCUCAAAUAGCACAAUUGGUGUAUCGGUGUUAUCGAGGCGUUAAUUGAUUAUGGGGGACACCUUAGCUCUCACUUUCUGUUGCUGUCAGUUUUAUCAGAAGUAUUGUGUGUAUCACAGAUAACGGGUGACGAUAUGGGUGUCAUCCACUCCACUAAAAAUAAGUGACGCUUCUUUUCUGAUGUAAUUAUCUGGAGAAGAGGCACUAUUAUGGGGUUUUAAGCCUUUUGCUAAUGUAAAAAACCAUCCCCCUCUCUCGAAACCAAUUUGUAAACAGUGCCCCACCCUGUGAGCAAACUGUUGGAAUGUUUCCCCUAACCCGCGCUUCACAUAAAUUUGCCUCAACUUGCCGGUUGGUUCAUUUUCUAAUGAGGAGUAGCGUAUUGUCGGAUUGGGUUUGUUCAUUCCGCAACACAGCAGCAACAAGGACAAAAUAGUCACUGCUUCAAACCUGCAAGUUCAAUCCCAAACUUUGGUAGGAUGGAUUAACUUCUAGAUUUGCCUGACUGGACACUCCAGGUGUUGGCAGCACCCAAUGUCCUUACUACGUGAUGAGUGUGACCUGAGGAGGACUCUGGAUUUGUUAGACCGAACCGCUAACACCUCUGGACUCUUCCACCCUAGUUUCUCCCUCCGUUUGCCAUUCGUACAGCACAGGGGCUGACAUGAAGAAAGUGGCCCAGUGGUCAACGGAGGACGUGCUCCAGUGGCUGACCAAUGAGGGAAUGCAGGAAUACUCUGAGGCCUUCCGCCAUCUGGACGGCCAGGGCCUCCUGCAGCUCUCCAAGGCGGACUUCCAGACGGCCCCUCUGGCCCUUGUCACCUCGGACAGAGGCAGACAGCUCCUGGACAAGAUGGAGACUCUCAGGAUAGAGCACCACAUUGAAGCACAUAAAAACGGGCACGCCAACGGACACUCCAUCUUGACCGUCAACAAUGAGGUAAAUGGGAACAAGCCCAAGAGGAACGGUCUGAUCAAUGGGUUCCACAAGGAGCAGGUUCAGAUCCCCAUGCCUGAGAUCAACCGCUCUCCGUUCCCUGAGGAGUGGGGGAAGACUGGCGUGGCUUGCAUCUACGCCAUGAUCUGCUUCGUCUCCACCACAAUCAUGAUCUCCGUGGUCCAUGAACGAGUGCCUCCCAAAGAGGCUACUCCGCCCCUGCCAGACAAAUUCUUUGACUUUUUCGACCGAGUAGACUGGGCUUUUUCCAUAUGCGAAAUCAACGGUAUGAUACUGGUCAGCCUGUGGCUUCUACAGUUGGCGCUGUUAAAAUAUAGGUCCAUCGUUGGUCGACGUUUCUUCUUCAUCGUUGGCACACUCUACCUAUACAGGUGUAUCACCAUGUACAUAACCACUCUCCCUGUGCCAGGGAUGCAUUUCAAGUGCUCUCCUAAGCUGUUUGGUGACUGGGAGUCCCAAAUGCGCCGAGUCAUGAAGAUGAUUGCAGGAGGAGGUCUGACCAUCACUGGCUCGCACCACAUGUGUGGGGACUACCUUUACAGUGGCCACACAGUCAUGCUGACGCUCUGCUAUCUCUUCAUUAAAGAGUACUCUCCAAAGCGGUUCUGGUGGUACCAUUUGAUCUGCUGGCUGCUCUGUGCUGUAGGCCUCUUCUGCAUUCUCUUGGCUCAUGACCACUACUCCAUAGACGUGGUGGUGGCUUACUUCAUCACCACACGCCUAUUCUGGUGGUACCACACCAUGGCCAACCAGCAAGUGCUGAAGGAAUCAUCGCAGAGCAACCUUUUCUCAAGGGUGUGGUGGUACCGAAUUUUCCAGUACCUGGAACAGAAUGUCACAGGCAUCGUCCCUCGGAACUACCAGAUGCCGCUGUCAUGGCCACCGGCCCAAUGGAGUCAAGUGAAGUACAGCCGGAUCGACACAGAGUGCCCGUGACAGCGGGAGGUGACCCCCCCCAGGACAUGAUGGUGGGACUCUUAACGACUCUCUUUAAAGUGCCACGUCUAAUCAAAAGAAGAUGCCCUAUCUAUCGAACUCUGAUGCUGUUCCAUCUCCCUUUAGCUUGCUCCUGUAAUAUACACUCCAGUCCAACUGGCUAGCGCUGUGACCAACCAUCGUUUCAGCCAAAACAUUUCACAUUGGAAAACAAUCAGUCUAUCCUCUCGAGGCUACUCUGAAAGCAAUGGUUUCCAGUGGGUGGAUUGCAAGCAUUUUAUUGGCAGGUCCAGAUCUAUUUCAGCUAGCAACAGGAAAUGUAAAUCUAUAGUUAAAUGCUAAUAUCUCCCUCUGUAACCGAUACAGAGACUCUGUGACUGAAAUUGAAUUAAUUAACAUGUUUGUCACAGCGAUUGGGUUGUUCCAAAUGUUUGGUUUUAUCAUGCUCAAAUGUUUUACCAAGUUUUGGUUCAAAGACGUGCUGUAGCAUUGAGAACUGACCUGUCGUGAAGCAGGAGGCGUUUUUUGUAGUGACUUACAAUUUUGUAGCCGUUUAAACUAAGCUCGGCCAAGGUGUAAACCAUUUUCUAAGCAUAUAACGGGUUUAUUAUUCAAAUUAAUGCUUGACAUUUUUACAGUUGGGAGACAAAAGUGAGCAAAAAGGAGAUAACAAUUUAGUAACAAUAUUCCUCAGUGCCUUUGUUUUUGUGGUUGUACAGUAACUGUAACAGUGUCCUCAUUAAUGUAUUUAUGUUGACUUGAAUGACUGUUUUUUAAAGUGCUACAUCAGUAUUUACACGCUAACAGAUAGGAGGGUGCUUAAAUGAACCUGACGCCGAUCACCGAUUAUAGCACACACACUUGAACAAUUCUGAAUGUAAAGAAUCAUGUAAUUCUUUGAAUCAUGUCAAUGUGUUUCCAAGGCAGCAGAGCAUAUGAGCGGAGUGGAGCGGUGAGAAUCUCAGCUCCUCGCUCACGGAGCUGUUCACCCCUCCGCUCCCCC